AGAACAGGAUGGUUUGGUUCCCAGUUCCCACCAUGUCCUUACACAAAAUACACAUACCCCAAAACACCCGUGGGCUACCCUUUGCAGUUUGCCCCCACACUCCACAUGAACCCUCUCUCUCAAUUUCAUAAAUACACCCAUCCCCCCAUCUCUUCCCACCACUUCCGAUUCUUUAUUCUCUCUCUCUCUCUCUCUCUCUCUCCAAACAUGGCCAUCAGAAAAUCAAACAAGCCUUCCCAAACCACAGUCCUGAAGCAAAUCCUCAAGAGGUGCUCAAGCCUAGGAAAGAAGAACAACGGCUAUGACCAUGAUGACCAUGAUGAGGCUCUCCCUCUCGAUGUUCCCAAAGGCCACUUCGCUGUCUACGUUGGGGAAAACAGAAGCAGAUACAUUGUCCCCAUCUCAUUUUUGACCCACCCUCAGUUUCAGUCUCUCCUCAGACAAGCUGAGGAAGAAUUUGGCUUCGAUCACGACAUGGGUCUCACCAUUCCCUGCGAAGAAGUUGUUUUCCGCUCUCUAACAUCCAUGCUCAGAUGAACAUUCAAACAAAGGACCACUUCCUCAGAUCGAUCGAUGCGUCUUUCUGCUUGCGCUUCCUUCAACAAAGGUGGCCAAGAUAUAUACAUGGAGCAUUUCUUUUGCUUCUCUUUUUUUCACAUCGAUCCAUCUGAUCCCUUCCUUUGUUUCGCCAUCUACUUCUUUUUUGUCCCAUUUUUUAACAUCCCCAUGCCAUUUGGGUUUUUAUGUUCCUUAUGCGACUCUAACUUUUGCUCCUCAUAAGUAUUGGGGGUGAAAAAUUGUAUAAAGCCCUUGUACUGUACGUUGUUCAGAUUUUCCUCGCAGAGGUUCUAUACUAUAUACCCUGUGAGAGAAGUUAGUUUUUUCAA